UUUCCAUUAUUAAGGCCAAAAAUAGACCGUCUCUCUCACGCACAAACACACACCACUGUGUGUUAAUAUAGAGAGAAAUAUAUAGAAAUUGAGAGAAUUGCAGGCUUUAAUUUCAUUUCGAAUUCAUUUGAUUUUCAUCUCGCAUUCCACUAUUUCUUUCUUUAAUUUCUGCAUACAUAUAUAGAUCUUGCGGUUAGGUACAUGUGUGUGUAUAUAAUAUAUACAUAUAAUUUGUAAUCAUUUCUAGAGAGAGGUGAGUACUGAUUCUUGUGAAAAUGGAAACGAUCUCAAAAGCAGAAAAGAGUGAAAAUAUGUUAAUCAAUUUUUGUUAAAAUUUUUAAAAUUUAGAUCUUAUCUAUUCAGUUUAGAAAAUUAGUUUUUAUAUUUUCUGGAUUAAAUUUAAUUAGUAAAUGAAAAUCAGAUCGAAGCCUUAAAAAUAAUUUAGAAGGCAUAAAGAGAGAAUUUUUGUUUAAAUUUCUAGAAAUUAUUGGAAAAUGCCGGGGCACGGGGAUUUGGACAGGCAAAUAGAGCAAUUGAUGGAGUGCAAGCCGCUGUCAGAGAUGGAGGUGAAAACUGUGUGCGAUCAGGCGCGGGCGAUUCUGGUGGAGGAAUGGAAUGUGCAGCCGGUGAAAUGCCCCGUUACUGUCUGCGGGGACAUCCAUGGCCAGUUCUAUGAUCUGAUCGAGCUCUUCAGAAUAGGCGGCAACGCUCCAGACACCAAUUACCUCUUCAUGGGAGACUAUGUUGGGAGGUUUUGGGAAGAUGUGAUUACUCAUAAUCUACUUCCUUUUUUGGAUUUUGGUUUUAAGGGAACCGAACUUAGCUAUUUAAAGCUGGGUGAACAGGUUCUGUGGCACUGCAUUUUUUCCUGUUAUCGGCUAUCUGCAUGUGGCCUGAAAAUAGGCUUUAGCGAUUUAUGGUUGUAUGUUUAUGUACUUUGUCUAUUGACCAAGUAUUUGGGAAUUUUGGGUACAGCAGAGCAUAAUGUUCCGUUUAUGGAGGGAAGGUGGGAAGUUGAUUCGUGUUUUGAGGAAAUUAUGGGUGAAGACAUGUAUUCCUGUGAAUGCGGCGCGCAGUUCAUUUUGGAUAAUACUUUGAAGGAAUUUAGAGCGUGUUUGAUUGCUGCAGCAUUACGAGGAAAUCAUGAAAGUCGGCAAAUCACUCAAGUUUACGGUUUCUACGAUGAAUGCUUGAGGAAGUAUGGCAAUGCCAAUGUGUGGAAGUAUUUCACCGAUCUUUUUGAUUAUCUACCACUUACAGCACUUAUUGAGAGUCAGGUCUUCUGUUUGCAUGGGGGUCUUUCACCAUCUCUGGAUACCUUGGACAAUAUCCGAGCUUUGGACCGUAUACAAGAGGUUCCACAUGAAGGACCAAUGUGUGAUCUGCUAUGGUCUGAUCCUGAUGACCGAUGUGGAUGGGGAAUAUCACCACGUGGGGCUGGCUACACUUUUGGACAAGAUAUAGCUGCUCAGUUUAACCAUACCAAUGGCCUCACUCUGAUUUCAAGAGCCCAUCAGCUUGUUAUGGAGGGCUUCAAUUGGUCUCAGGAGAAGAAUGUGGUGACAGUUUUUAGUGCUCCAAACUACUGUUAUCGCUGUGGGAACAUGGCUGCAAUACUUGAAAUCGGGGAAAAUAUGGAGCAGAAUUUCCUCCAAUUCGACCCAGCUCCUCGGCAGAUUGAACCUGACACGACUCGCAAGACUCCGGAUUACUUUUUGUGAACCCUACCUUUGCCAGAGCUGUUUGUAGUCCUGUUUGAAGAAGUUACUAUGGGGAAGAGUUGCAUUUUCUUCUGUUUCGGGUUUGCUCCGCUGCUGUCUUGAUUGUGUGAUAAAGAUAUUUGCCCGGGAGCUGAGAAAGGCAGUGUGUCUUUCUUAUUGUAUAUGUUUUUUUCUUGAGAGGAGGGCGGAACGCAAAAAAUUACAUCGUAUAUUUGUGUUCUUUAGUUUAAAAUUAUGGUAGGAUGCAGAUUUCAGGCAGCCUUAUCUCCUUUUUUACACUAGUACUUUAAAUUACCUGGAUUUAACAUUGUGCACUGGGGGAAAUGUUCCUGAAAAUUUGUAACUUUCGAGUGCCCAGUUGAUUGAAAAUUGUUGGCCUAGUUAAUA